GGAGGGCUCGAGAUCCUGUUCGCCAACCAGAAAAAGUAUGACCUCGACUUACCAGCUAAGGACGAGUCUGGGGAGCCAGCAAAUGUUGCGUUCCUUGUCAGACAUCUCUGUGACAAGGUCAUGAAAGACCCGCGGAAAGAGCUCUUCGUCCUCGACGAUACGGUGCGACCUGGGAUACUAGUUCUCAUUAACGAGGCAGACUGGGAGUUGGAAGGCGAAGACAAGUACGAAGUUCAAAAAGGUGAUCACAUCAUCGACGUCCUACCUCCUCAUGUCGACCCCUCGAUCCGCGAAGUCAACGAUGUACUCCUGGGCACUGGUGGUAUCACCUACACCAUCUGCUAUGUCCUGAUGGCACGUCAAUCCAUUCGCGACCGCACAUACUCCAUGCCUCUCUUUUCGCUCGCUUUCAACUUCGCCUGGGAGAUCGUAUUCGCCCUCUACGUUGCCGAAGAACCUCGAGAGAAGACUAUGUUUACGAUAUGGAUGCUCAUAGACCUCGGUCUUGUCUACGCGGCUGUCAAGUACGGGGCGAAUGAAUGGAAACAUGCGCCUGCAGUGGGCAGGAACGUGGGCAAGAUAUUUGCAGGCAUGCUUGCGUGGUGGUGCAUUGCACUGUACGCUGUGAGCAGUUGGUGGGUUGAUCCAGUCAACCCGGUCAAUCCGAAAGUCGGAAAGGCAUAUCGUGGUGUCAAGGGCAUUGACACCGAUGAGCUGGGCUUCAUGACGGCCUUGGUCGCGCAGCUUGUUCUGAGCGUCAUGUCGCUGGCACAAAUCAUGGUUAGACAAAGCAGUCGCGGGUCGUCCUACACGAUUUGGGCGUUGAGGUUCAUUGGUAGUCUGGCGGGGCUAACUCUGAACUAUGGGUACUGCUGGAUGGAGUCCGAUGAUGAAGAUCUCAAGCUGGCGAUGGCAAUGUCACUACAAGAGGUUUCGCCUCGGGCCACUCGCGACGCCACAGCAAUCGCUAAGAACGAACCUAUCGACCUCAUAUCUGACAGCGAUGACAAUGAGGAUGGGGAUCUCCGACGUGCGAUUGCCCUGUCACUCCAGGAAAGCGGCAAUAAAGACGUUCAACAGUCAUCAGCGACAACUGUUCCAAAGGCAGCCGGUCUAAACAACACUUCGGGUCUCAUGGGCAUGGAUCGAAAGGCCAUGGAACAGGAGCGCUUGGCAAGACUUGGUAAACGAAAGCGCGACGUAUCGCCCGAAAGACCUUCUAAGCAGGUUGCGAGGCCCCCUGCAGUCAAAGCGGCCUCCGAUGGAACACCACUGCAAUAUCCCAGAGGGACGAUCAAGCGCACAUUCGCGUCGAAAUAUCCACGGACCGACGACAUCACCAUUGAUGAAUUAUUAGAAGCGUCAACGGUCAACAUCGCAGUCAUCAGCUCGUUUCAAUAUGACUCGGAGUGGUUGUAUGAGAAACUUGACCCAUUGAAGGUGAAACAAAUAUGGUUGAUGAAUGGUAAAUAUAGAGGCGAAGACGUACAGGCAAAGCGCAUUCAGGAAUGGAAGGAAUCUGGUGUGCCAAACAUGAAGCUGCAUUUCCCACCAAUGGGUGGCAUGAUUGCUAGCAUGCAUAGCAAGUUCAUGCUAUUGUUUGGGAAACACAAGUUACGCAUUGCUAUACCAACCGCGAACAUGACCCAGACCGACUGGGGCGAAGUUGCGAAUGACUGGCAACCCGGUAUCAUGGAGAACUCAGUAUUCUUGAUUGACCUUCCGCGAAGACCCGACGAUACUGCUACCAAGAAGGGAGACUUGUCGGCUUUUGGUCGCGAAUUGCUAUAUUUCUUAGAGAAACAGGAAGUUGGGCCACAAGUGGUUGAUGGAUUACUAAAGUUUGAUUUCGCGCAGACUAGCCAUCUGGCCUUCGUUCACUCCAUUGGUGGUUCACAUAAGAUCGAAACAGAUCAUCCAACAGGUCUCCCUGGCCUUGCACAGGCUAUACGAGAGCUGCAUUUAGAUGAUGUCGAACACAUUGAGCUGGACUACGCAGCUUCCUCCCUCGGUGCCAUCGACGAUAACUUCCUGUCACGCAUCCACCAUGCUGCACGCGGCGAAUCGUUUACGAAAGACAAUGCGCUCGUUGCCGAUGUGCGCAAUAGCAUUAGAAUAUACUUUCCUACCCACGACACGGUCGAGAAAAGUAUUGGAGGUCCGGGAUGUGCGGGUAUCAUCACGUUGAGUCCUCAUUGUUACAAUGCACCAACAUUCCCAAAAGAGUGCAUGCGUGACUACGACUCUAUGCGACGGGGUAUACUAUCGCACAAUAAACUGCUGUUUGCGCGUGGUCGCAAGAAGGACGGGAAGCCUUUCGCAUGGGUUUACGUUGGCUCCGCCAACAUUUCUGAAUCAGCGUGGGGAGGGCAGAAAGUACUGAAAAGCGGACGAAUAGGGAGUCUGAACAUCAGAAACUGGGAGUGUGGUGUCGUCAUGCCUGUACCAGACGCCAAGCUCCAGAGUCUCGAACAGGGCGGACUACCAUCCAUGGACGUGUUUGCAGGCACGGUCGAAAUUCCCUUCAGACUUCCCGCGGACAAGUACGACGGUAAACGACCCUGGUUCUUCAGUCCGUGA